AUGUAUACCGACCGACCUCAUAUAGUCAGUCAUACCUCCAAAUCCCUAAACCAGGAAAAUGAGAAAAGCAACCUCAUUUCCCUCGCCAGCUCCAGCGAUCACGAGCAAGGGGAACCCGCCAUACGCGGCCUCUGCUUGGUCAAUCCACGCAUGUUCCCAGUGUUCCCAGUGUUCCCUCCCUUAAAACAACAAACCUCAAACCUGUCAUACUCAGUCACAAGUACAAACCCAGAAUUCCCCCGUGAAAAGAAAAGGAUAGAGGAGAAGGCGUGUCGACUGGUUUCAAAAAAGGUCUCUGCGAAAAUGUCGCUACAUAACUAUGGACUCUGGAGUAGAACUUUGAGAACUUCGUUAGCCUUUUGUCGUUUUCAAUCAUUGGCCCCCAUACUCAUCAAUCUAAUCCCAGCAUAUCAAUUUCCUUGGCCUGUCUCUUUAUUUCCCUUCAAGAACCGUUCAAGCACAGCCAUGUUUUACUUAUUAAUUUCAACGGGUUCUGUGUCACCGGUCAUUAGUAUGUGA